AUGGCCUCUUCCUGGGCAUGGUCCAGCGGGAUCUCUAUUGACAGAUCUCUAGGCAGUUUUGGUAUUAUAAAAGACUGUAAUUCUACUUUGGACCAAGCAAAGAUCAACUAUUCCUCACUGUCCAUCUCAAACGAGACUGUUGACUUCCUUAAAGGCCCAAUGGUCACACGCCUCAUGCCCUCGUUCUACAUCUUCAUCAUCCUCAUUAGUUUGCCCCUGAAUGGUUUGGCGAUGGUAACGUUCACCUAUAGGAUCCGAGAGAAGAAACCAGCUGUGAUCUACAUGUCUUACCUGGCGUGUGUGGACCUGCUCUUCACCCUGCUGCUGCCUCUGAAGAUCCACUACCAGCUGAACGCUUCAAAUUGGGUGUUUGGUGAGGCGGUGUGUCGUGUGCUCAGUGCAGCUUACUACUGCUACAUGUACUGCUCCAUACUGCUGAUGAUGUGCAUGAGUGUGGACAGGCUGCUGGCUGUGGCAUUUCCUAUCGCCUCUCUGACCUGGAGGAGCACAAGGAAAGCAACACUCAUAUGCACAUUAACUUGGCUGCUGGCAGUCACUGGUACGGUACCACUUCUCUCAAUGAGACAAACAUUUAAGAUUAAGGAUAUGGGUGUCACUUGCCAUGAUGCACUGAUCCAUGCUGACCCUACAGAUCAGCAAUACAUGUACCAGUUCUCCAUCCUCUCCUGUGUCUACUACUUUAUGCCACUCAUCAUCACCUUCGUGAGCUACUCCACCAUCAUAUAUGUGCUCCAUGUAAAGUCUAAUCUCUUAGCUACAUCAUCCUCAUCUUCAGACAACCGAAGGAGGGCAGUGAUUAUGGCUAUCGCUGUGCUGAUUGAGUUUGUGGUGUGCUUUGCACCAACCAAUGGCAUCUUGUUGUACCACUGUGUUCGUUUAGCCACCGGAGGCAGCAGUGAGGAGGGGAAAUACUACCUGAUGGCUGUGUGUUUGGGGAGCGCAAGUGUUUUUCUGGACCCUCCGUUAUAUUACUAUGGCUCGUCUCAAUGCAGAGAGCAGAUCCGCUCUCUGAUCUGGUGGAGGAAGACAAAAAGCUCAACCACACCAUCAAACACAAACAGUCAAACAAAAUCCUCUAACCUGAGUUGCGAGUACACUCAGUCUCACGUUAAGGUGUGA